CUCCAGACAGGACGUAACCACAGACACUGAGAAGGAGGAAGAGAAGAUCGUUCUGCAGCAGGUAAUCAUCAUCUUCAACAUCUGCAUCAUCUCCACCAUGAAGACGCUGACUCUGUCUGCACUUCUUUGUGCCAUGAUGGCUCUGACCAGAGCUGCUGUUCUUCCAACCAUAGAGGUUGUAAACUGGAUCGACUCGGUCACUCCAACAGGAGAGAGUCAUGUUGUCAGUAGGUCCACAUCUUGUUCCGAGGUUUGGACUGCUUUCAACGGUCGCUGUUUCCUCUACGUUCCACGAUCCAUGAAUUGGGCUGUGGCUGAGAGAAACUGUAUGUCCAUGGGUGGACACCUUGCAUCUGUACACAACAUCCAGGAGUACCAUCAGAUUCAGGCGAUGAUAUUGAGGGAAACUCAAAAUCAAGGAUUAACAUGGAUUGGGGGAUCUGAUGCACAACAGGAUGGAGUUUGGUUCUGGAGUGACGGAAAGCCUUUCAGCUUUUCUUACUGGUGUCCUGAUGAGCCUAAUAACGCUGGCGGUCGUCAGAACUGUCUGCAAAUGAAUGAUUCAGAUAAGAAAUGCUGGGAUGACCUGCAAUGUGAUGUUCACCGCCCAUCUGUCUGUGUCAGAAAUGGCUGUUAAACGCAUGAGGAACGUGUCAAAAACACAAACACUGAUCAAUUUGUGUUUGUGUCCACCAGUCUCAUAUUUGACGUGAAGGCUUUAUAACUCAUAAAAUGACAUCUUUAUUUCUUCUCUAUCGCUGUAACGCUAUUUAAGGAACAUAAACAGCAGCUGGAUUGUCUCUGUCUGUUUAAUACGAGCAGACUGAAUGUGUAAUGAAAAGAAAGCUUUUAGCACAACUUUAUUCUGCAGAGUGAACUGUUCUUUCUUGUCUUACGCAAAAUUAAAAUCUCAAGCAUUGAAACAA